CAAUUGGGGACCAUUUUCAGUGUAACCUGAUUGUCGAAAGUCACCAACGCCCAAACUGAGAAAAAAAAAAAAAAAACGAAACCCCCUCCUCAGACUUCCGAAGAUCCGCUAUUAAAAUUUACGGUUCAUUCAUUAGACAUCCUCCGUGGCACAGCCUGUUCAUCGCGCUUAGAAACAUAUACAUACAUAUUUACUACAUCGCUCUCUCUGUCUUGUGACUGUAGCUCUUGCAUACUUGAAUCUAUCUUUGUACUCAAGAUUUUUGUGUAUUUUCACAGUUUAUUGAAUUCCUUUGUUAACCUAGAGGUUUUCACUUUCCCCGACAUCUAAAAAAAUGGCAACAAAAAUCGAUAAAGAGGCUUGCAGGGAAGCAUACAACCUUGUGAGAGACGACAACACUGAAAUAAGCUGGGCUUCCUUCAAAUAUGAUGGUUCAAUGAUAGUACCAGGGGGCCAGGGCAAAGACUAUGAAGAAUUUAUGAGCCAAUGUACAGAUGAUGUUCGGUUGUUUGGGUUCAUACGGAUCACGACUGGAGAUGCCAUGAGCAAGCGAGCCAAAUUCACCCUGAUCACCUGGAUUGGGGAGAAUGUCAGCGGUUUACAGAGAGCCAAGAUCAGCACGGACAAGACUCUGGUAAAGGACGUAGUACAGAACUUUGCCAAGGAGUUUGUCAUCAGUGACCGCCGGGAAUUGGAAGAGGAUUACAUUAAGAAUGAGCUGAAGAAGGCAGGAGGGGCCAAUUACGAUGCACAGGCAGAGUAGGGAGCCCUCCAGAAACCAUCUGCCUGCUGCUGCUGCUGCUGCUGCUUGUAAACCAGCCAGGGAGAAGAGAAGCCUCUCAAGGCAGAUCCUUCUCAUUCUCCCACUCACUCUGGCAACAUCUACAACAGUCAUCACAAUCAAGAAAUUCUCUCUCAUUCUGCUUUAAAGCAAACACUCCCUCUAGCAAAUUAAGGGUGGGUUCCAGAGGAAAUCAAGGAUUCUGCAGGCACAGUCAGAUGCUUUUGUCCAAUGGUCUCUCAGUUUUGUCCUGUUUCUGGUAAUUAAUGGAGUUUUGAAAGGCUGAGAAAGAUUGCCUCUUUAUCAGCAUUGCUUGUCUGAUUGUCUGAUGUUGUUUAGCUACUGGUCCAUUCUUUCUUAUGUACUCGAAGGCCUACAGAUUUCUGCAGGCUUUUUUUUUUUUCUUCCUUACUGAAAGUCUUUUCUCCUCUUUCGUUUCCCACACAAAUUUUGCAUUCCUUUUAAAAUGGAAUUGAUUCAGUAACUUGGCUUAGUGAGCUAAUGUAGUGCGCAGUAUUAGUGUACUUGCAGGGGCUCAAUCGGAGAACUGGAAAGGGUGGCUGGACUCCAGUCAGUUAGUAUACACUGGCUGUAAAGAACCUUGCAACUACAGUACUUCUGUCAGCUGAUGAUCAGAGAAUCAUGUACCUACGCACACAUACUCUAAAUGUUUAACUUCUCGGAGGAACACUUGGAAAUCUUCCAAAUGAGGGUGCCACCAUUAUAGACCUAAAAGAGGGGAAGGGAUUUUUAUUUUUUAUUUUGGUUCUUUUUGUUGAGUUGUGCUACUCUUCUAGACAUGAUCUCCAUACUCUCUGAGUCCAGUGCUAUUGAUGUGGCUUCCAUAAGCCAACCUAAAAGCACAAGAUGAUAUUAACCAGUGUAACAAAUGGGUCUAAAAUGUUGGUGUUGUAUCUUCUGAACAAACAAACAAGAGUAUGAAGCAAAAACACAUGUACAAAUGUAGUCAUUAUAUAUAAACAGUAAUCGCCACACAAGGCUUUCAUGGGUUUCUUUGGAAAGCCCCAGAGGAAGGUUGGAGAGUGUAAUUCUAGAAGAGUACAACAACUUCUUCACAGCAUGCUCAGAAAUCUCUUUAUUAAAAGGGUUCAUGCUGCCCCUUAGUUAUUUUGCACUUGCUUCUGAGGCAUUUGGUUGAGGUCCUGUGCCCCACACUCAGUUGCUGAAUGUGCCCUUCAUGUUUAAUCUGCCUUACAAAAUGAAAUUUGAGGCUUUCCAAAAAUGUGACAGGUUUCUAACAAAGACCUGAUUUAAUUUUAAAGGCCUCUUAUUUUUUCUUCAAAUAAAGCACUAAGCAUGCUGACUAUCUACAGAUUUGAUUUUAGUACCAUAGUGUUGGAGUAAUUGACUUGAAUAAUACAGAAAAGGCUGAAACAAUUAAUGUAGAUGGCCUUUUAACUACAUUUCUAUAUCUGUAUAUAUAUAUAUAUAUAUAUAUAUAUAUAUAUAUAUAUAUAUAUAUAUAUAUAUAUAUAUAUAUAUAUAUAUAUAUAUAUAUAUGUGUGUGUGUGUGUGUGUGUGUGUGUGUGUAUGUCUGGUGCAUACAGUGUUAACCUCAUGGGAACAGGUUGUUGUAAGACGGUGGUUCUAAACUCAGUUAAUAAAGUCCAGUGGCACAAUUUGCUGUGUUUUUUUAGUGACCAGAUUGAAAAUUGUUUUGUGAAACUGUUGGUUUUCUAGGCAACUUUGGCUGGGUUUAUUUUUCAAAUUAGAACAUAAAAUAAAAUAGUUAUGUAUUGUAAGGACAAGCACCAUUAAGGAUAAACCAUUUCAGAAUAAAAUUCCAUUUUUUUCAAAAA